CAUUUGCGAUCUUGGCAGAAUACCCGUCGGGAAACACGUAGCCUUUUCUCUAAAGAAUCUCUUUCGAUUGAUAACAUAGUUUGUUUUCUUCAUUCUAAGUUUCAAACUCGAUCAUGUCGAACACCAUUUUACGUCGCAUUAUUCACUCAUCGUUUGCUCCAGCAGCCAUCGGUCCUUAUAGUCAAGCUGUUCUAGUGGACAAAACAUUAUACAUCUCUGGACAGCUAGGACUUGAUGCCCAAACCGGGUCAUUAGUUCCUGGAGGGGUUGAGGCUGAAGCAAAGAAAGCCUUGGAUAAUAUGGGCCAUAUUCUAGAGGCAGCUGGAAUUUCUUAUAAAAAUGUGGUUAAGACUACCGUAUUGCUUGCAGACAUUAAUGACUUUGGCAAAGUAAAUGAAAUUUAUCGCCAAUAUUUUACAGAAAAUUUUCCUGCUCGUGCUGCCUACCAGGUUGCUGCUUUGCCUAGGGCUGGAAGAGUUGAAAUUGAAGCUGUUGCUGUUGUUGGGGUAGUAGAAGACAUGGCUAAACUGUAAGAAGUUUUAAGUUUGCUAGGAUUUUACUAUUACUGUUAAAAUAUUUUUGUUCACACAGAGAACUAAAAAUAGAAAAGCUCAAACAGUU